AUGUCCAGUUCGGAUACAAGUACUUCUCCUGUUCAUAUAGUCUUCCCCAACUUUUCUCAACAACCUGCCCAUAAAAUAGAACAAGGAAUCGAAAAUUUUCUGGAAAAUUUUAAGAAUCAUGUGUCCACAUUGGAUAGUCGCAUGAGUUUUGGUUCCGGUGACUCCUCUGGAUUUACUAGUUCUGUUCCAUCAACAAAUUCUGAAUAUGCAGCUACGUCUUUAGACAGCCCGGAUAAAGAUGGAUUAAUCUAUCGUGUCCCAGAUAAAACAGAAUGGAUUAAGAGACAAGGGAUUAUAGAUGAAAGUCGUAGGAUUAGUGAAUGGGCUUGGAGUCGGUUUCAACAUGAUGAUCAACCUGAUAUAUCUAGUGUUGGUAAACAAACACAAAACUCAGCUGCUUCAGAUUUUACCAGUGUCAUUUCUAACUCCAGUCGACAUAUAACUAAAACUUCUGUGAAUCGUACAAUUCCUAGGAAAAUGGUAUAUUAUGAGACUAAUUCAGGUGAUGUCAUGGCCACAGAGCCAACCUGUCCUUACAGUGUAUUAGAUGUAGCUAAUCUUCUUCAAACUAAAUUUGCUGUUUUAACAGGUGGUAAGGCUAAAAAUGGUGCUCCAAUAUUAAUAUUUGCUGAUAGACCUAAUGAACCAGAAGUACCAGAUGAAGAAUAUAAAAAACUCAUUACUUAUCUAUGCAGUAUAACUUUGUGA